AUGGCUUCUGCAGCCGUUCAACAACCUGGUGGACAUUCGACCUCUUUUGAGCCAUUGACGACCCCGCUUAAGGGUGCGCCGGCAUCUCAGCAAGAGAAGCAUCAGGUCCAUACCCAGUUGAACUAUUACAAAGAUCCUGGUGACGGAAGUCCCCCUCCCCCGAGCUAUGUUGGCAAGCCAGAAUCUUAUGAAAGACCCACUGAGCCCCUUGACGUGACCAUUUAUGAUAUCCGAGGCGAGGAGCAGAACUACAAUCUCGACAAGAAUGGGUUCGAGAUUUAUCGUCGUGAAAGUGUCGAGAAAGACUUUCUCGACGACGCCCAGAUCAAGGCCCAAUACUAUCCUGAGACCGAACAGUUGUUGAAGGACGCCACCGGCGCUUCACGAAUCUUUAUCUUCGACCAUACCAUCCGUCGGGCUCCCAAAGACCAAAGAGGACCGCCCACAACCAUCAAUCUUCGCGGUCCGGUAAACCGCGUGCACAUUGAUCAAAGCUACACCGCAGCCAAAUCUCGUGUUCCUCAUCACCUACCAGACGAGGCUGAGGCGUUACUUUCAACUCGUUAUCAGAUCAUCAAUGUGUGGCGACCCAUCAAGACGAUUCUGAAAGACCCUCUGGCCGUCGCCGAUGCCCACUCCGUCCCUGACUCAGACCUCGUCGGCGUGGGACUGAUCUACCCCGACCGUCGUGGAGAGACGUACACCGUCCGACCGAACCCCGAACACAAGUGGUAUUACCUGUAUGGACAGACACCCGAAGAGGUUCUUCUGAUCAAAUGCUUUGACUCCAAGCUGGAUGGGCGGGCAAGGAGAGUACCACAUACGGCGUUUGUGAAUCCGGAGACGGCUAAUGAGUACUCGAGGGAGAGUAUUGAAGUCAGGGCACUGGUGUUUCAUGAGGACCAGACAGCGGAGUAG